CGUUCUCACACGUGAGGUGCACGUACGGGCGCACACACAUAGAAGGGCAACCCCACCGGCUAGUCAGCCUUCUCGGCAUCGAAGCCAGACGACAUUGGGGCCAAGACAGCGCGCAGCAGUCACCGUCAGAGUUUCGUGCGGUGCGCGCAGUUAGUCGGCAGUUUGGCUUCGUAGCGAGCGGACGUGUGCUCUCCGCUGUCUCUCUCUCUUUCUCUCUCUUAACGCGCAAAGGAGUCUGCAUAGAGAGAUAUAUAUACAUAUAUAUACCACUCUUAUAUACACGCCCGUCGUUGUUACGCUCACGCAGUGCAUCGACGCUUACGCAUCGGAUCGCGUUGUCAUCAUCGCGAGCUCAAGUUCAAGUUCACGUCAGCGGGAGGCAGGAGGUGCCUCCAGUGGCAAUUAAUUAAUCCCUUCGGAGAAGUGUCCGCUUUCAGUACUUUAUCGAGUGUUCGGUGGUAGCAGUCUCGAGGGGUUUUUUUUUCUCCGAGAUUCGUGUUACGGGGACGACUGUUACGUCGCUGUGACGGUCGCGCUCGAAGAGGAAGUUCGACGAACGGAGCACCGCGUGCCCGUUCCCGUUUCGACGUUCAUCGCGAUAGUUCACGGUGCUGGAGGACUGUAACACUUGACUGUUCGCGCAGAAUAUAAUUGGCAGAGGAUCGACCGUCAACGACGAAGUGGAUCGCUGCCCCAUCGUGCGCUCCGAAACGACGGAAUCUUUCAAGAUUGAUGUACUAAGAAGACGAAUUAUGGUGGCAGAGUUUGUCGCCCGCCAGAGUGGAUCGCCCAUCAAUGGUGAGACCGCGUGUCUGAACAGCAACAUGCCGGCCACGCACACAAUGGCGCACAACGGGCACGGUGCUCCGCACAGCGGACCCCACGACGCCCACGGACCGCUCACGGUACCCCUUACCCAUCCCGGUCAUCACGGUGGACCGCCGACCGCGGCGACGAUCCAACAGCAGCAGCAACAGCAUCAGCAGCAUCAAUCGCAGCAGCAACCGCCGCCGCUGCAGCAACCGCAGCACCAUCACCAUCAUCCGGGACAGCAAUCGGCGCAGCAGCAACAGCAGCAGCAGCAGCAGCAGCAGCAGCAACAGCAGCAGCAGCAUCUUCAUCACGACGCCGGGCAGGUGAACACCCACCCCCCGGAGAGCUACUCGCCCAACUUUGACAUUCGCAAGGAGCUGUUCUCGCAACGCAAGCAGCGCGAGUUCAUCCCCGACAACAAGAAGGACGACAGCUACUGGGAUCGCCGUCGGCGCAACAACGAGGCCGCCAAGCGAUCGCGCGAGAAGCGCCGCUUCAACGACAUGGUGCUGGAACAACGCGUGAUGGAACUCAGCAAGGAGAAUCAUAUCUUAAAGGCGCAGCUCGACGCGAUACGCGAGAAGUUCGGGAUUUGCGGCGAAGCCGUUAUCAACACGGAGCACGUGUUGGCGGCAUUGCCGAACGAAUCGACGAUCAACGUGAAGCGCGCCAAGCUACCGGCGACGACGGCCCUUCUGUACGCGCGCACCCCGAGCCCGGUGCACACGUCGGUGAUCCAUCAGCCGGUGAGCGGCGCCCGUUCGCCCCGUUCGCCCGCCGCGCAGCUCUUCGUACCGGACGCGACGGCGUAUCCCGAGAGCGAGAGCUUCCACCAGUAUCCGUACUCGCACCCGGCGAUGCACCACCACUUGGACACUUCGACGAGCGCGUUGAAUCUAUCGUCGCGCGGCCGCCGGGCGCAAUCACCGUACGAGCUGUCGUCCGGCAGCGGCGACGAGGCCGGCGGCCCGCCGAUGGUCAUCGGCUCGCAGAACAACCCGGCCGCGAACAACAGCCUGCCGCACAAGCUCAGGCACAAAUCGCGCAUCGGCGACAAGGACGCCGCGAGCGCGCUCCUGGCAUUGCAGGGCAUCAAGCAGGAGCCCGGACCGCGAGCGUCGCCGCCGUGGGACAACGAGGGCUCGAGCGACGAGCGCGAUUCCGGCAUCUCGCUCGGCGCCGAGUGGUCCGGCUCGACCGGCGUGUCCGCGGUCUCGGAAAAUGAUCGGGAAGUGAAGCUGAAACUCGAUCGUCUCGCGUCCGAAGUCGCGAGCCUGCAGUCAAUACUACGUUUGAAGCCCUCAGGCGCCCCGGUGGCGGACAGCCUCGUGACGGGGCAUGCCGCGGUCAGCGGACCGUGAAGGACGCGGCCCAUCUCGCCGGAUCGCGCGAGUCCUUCCUCCUCUUCCUUCGGCCGAGUGCCUUGGGAUUCUUGCAAACGGAUUGUGGAGGCAUGAUCAAGAUGUCGUGAGGGAAGACCGUCGCGGAGUUCGACGUCGAGCCGGAUGUCGCGCCCGAAGUCGAUCGCAAAGGAUCGAGAGAAUUUUGUAAAGUUUGUUUGUUUGUUUAAUGAAGAUUGCGAGAGACUUUUUCGUUCGCCAGUGCAACGAGAGCAAGUGACUGGCGAUCAAUUAAUAUUCGCAAUUAAAUGUUGGAAUUUUCUGCAAUCUUUUUUUCGAUUUAAAUCCCUGUCACAUCUAAUAUUUUAUUUAAUAAUAAAAGGAAGAAUAUAUAUUUUCUAUUAACGAGAAACUUGAUUCAUGAUUUGUGAUUGCUAAUUACGGCCGAUCUGCUCGUUGCAUAAGCGGUCUCGAACGGACGAUAAUCGGAAGACGCGACGACAGGACGAUGCGUCUCGCUUGCGAAACUUUAAUCCUGCGACCGAUGGUCCGUUGCCUCAUUGGAACGCGAGCGUUCUUCUUCGGUAAAAUUAUAACUUAUUGUGAUAGAAAGUGACGCCAGUUUACGCCGUUUGGGAUUCCCGAGUGUCGACGACUAUCGGUCGGAGGGUUCAAAGAGCCCUUAUCUGAAGUGGAGUUAGGAGUUAAGAGCCGAUGCGAUACCUAUAGUGUUGUAAGUUACGUUGUAAGACUCCCGUAGGUUUAAUCGUUUCUUCUAAUUAUUACCAUUAUCGUUGAUUAGAGCUUUGUCGAUUCGGGCAGUCGUAUCGCGGCGAAUCGUGCCGGACGUUGUUAUUCCACGCGACGCGAAUCACUCGCCGAUUGAUAAUUGAUCGCGCAACCGGCUAUUUCACUACCAUCGGAUAUCCAUAAAUACGAUUCAUUCUCCGCGUAGCGAAGCGGGGAUUCUUCCUCUUUUUCUCUGUUUUUUUUUUUCUUUUUUUCGUCAUCGUCAUCUUUGUUUGCGAUCACGCGUAAAGCGGCGAGCGACGGACGACCUCGCACGGCGGAGCUUCGAGGCGCGGCUUGAUCAUUUAUUCAUCGCCAAAAGGACCGAACUUUCCAUCUUGCACGAUCAAUACCAAAUAUCGAAAGUUUCUGUAAGCAAUCGUUCAUCUUGCUUGAAAUUUCAAAGAUUCGGUUUGCUGGUGUUCAUUCCAAAUUCGCUUUUUAUUUAUUGCUUCUUAUCGCACCUCGAAAGCCGCGCCGGCAACUUCGACGAAGCCUUCCGCCAAGUCCCCGAACUUUUCCUCUUCGUUCCCUCGCGGAUUUCAGUUCGGAAGAGAAAAGAAAAAAAAGAUAAAUAAAUAGCGAGGCUGCGUCUCUUCGACGCUCGCGCCGGAUUUUCACGUCGAGGUCCAAUUCUCUCGCGACUGUCUAUCUCUUUUUUAUACUUUUGCUAUCGAAUCACUACGAUCGACGUACGUAGCGUGUCUGUAUAUAUGUAUAUGUGAAGACGAAAGUGCAUCUGUGUUACAAGCGCCGUGACGGGGAAACGCCGACUCGGGCGUGUGCGUGCCGCGGAAGAAAAAUCCUCUUGGAAGGCGGAAUUUAGCGCGUAUUGAAGUAUUAAGUGAGCCUAUGGGUGUAAUGUAAUAUAUACACAGCAGAUAUAUACUUGCAAGAAAUAUAUAUAUUAUAUAUACACAGAUAUACAUAUAUAUAUAUGCAUAUAUAUAUAUUUUUCAAAUUAAUGUAUUUUUCGAUAUCGUCAUUGAAACGAACUGUAACGCGUGUACAGCGCUCGAGUGUGUGUCGUCGCCGAUUCGAAGGUAGGAUGCGCGUCGUCGGGAAAUCGAAGUCGCGUCACCGGCAAUCAGAACCAAAGUGCGAUUUUUUUCUCCCUUCCUUACCGAGAGCAGGAUGUUCAUCGAUCCGACGAAGCGAGCGGCAGGAAAAAUCGGCGAUGCGGAAAAGGAGUCCGACGGUACCGGGAGUUACGCAGCUUAGCGUCCCGCUGAUCCCGAUCGACCAUCCGUUUUUACCAUAUGUGAUACGUAGAGCGCUAGAGAGAGAGACGCGAAAUCGACGUUAACCUCGAGGGCGAUCGUGAAAAGGGCACCUCUAUUUAUUGCACACUAAUCGCCCGUGUCACGGCGGGGGCGAACGAUGGAAGACGAGGAAGAAGUCGGCGUACGGAGUCCUCCCGCCGCGUCGCGAGACUGUAUUCGGCGUCGCUCGCGGAAACGAUCUCGUCUACAUAUUCCUCUCGCUUUCCCUUGUUUUUAUUAUGUUACUCUCCUCGCAGUAUAAAUGUUCCGAAUUUCGUACGGCGCGGAAUUCCACGAGCGGCGUCGACGGUCGCGCGCGCGCAGGGGGACUCGCCGAUUCUCAACCUCGAAAUCGACAGAACGCACGCGGGGUUGCGGCGUAGCCAGCAAUAAUUCCGAGUCAUCGUCGCCGAGAUGUAGGAAGGACGAGGCUUCGCCGGCGAUACACCGCGUCGCGUGUAAAAUACCGAGAGUGCCUGUAAUGACGGAAUCGUGUGCGUUUCUCGCCGCGGCGGCGAGAAGGAACAAAGAUGCAGUACCGUGCGUGUAAAUACAUACAUUAUUAUCUUCUACUGUUAACUAUCGAGCGCGAUCAUUAUUGCAAAUCAGCGUCGACGACGAUCUCGACACGAUUCCGAAUACGAUUCAAUCACACACACACACACACACAGACACACAACUACCUACACACCGAUUACUCGCGCACUUAUGCCUCGCUCGCCUCGAACGAUCGCACGCGACGAUUGCGAGAGAGCCGCAAACUCUUGUACAUACAAUCGCACGUUUUUGCCAAAAAGCAGUUCACAGAGGACCGCCGGAACCGUCGGCCGGAGAAGGAACGACAUUUUCGCGCCCGAACCUCUCUCCCCCUCCUUCUUUUCUCUUCCUAUUUGUAUCCCGCGAAAUCGUUCACGCGCGCGUUUCGACUACAGUUCCUAUUGCACUAUACUAAACGGUAAAAGCGACUUAGAGGCGAGGACCGAUAAAUCUGUCGUCUGCGUCGUCGUUCACGAUGCGAAGACCGCAAUUCCAGCCGAUCUAAAUAAGCUUUUUGAUUUCUCCUUCCUCCGGCUGUCCGGAGAUGUAAGUAUUUAGACACUAAGGGACAUAUCUACAGCGCGUGUAGUGUACUUGUAUAUGAAAUACCGAUAAAUAAAUAUUUUCAAUGUUUUUGACAAA